GUGUUGCGACCUUGAUGACCUCCAACACAAUGGGUUAAUAUUAGAACGACGACUUGGCCUUGCAAUCGCCUCCUGCUAUACAUAUAUGGUUGAUGCUAGAUGAACGAGUCAAAUCCGACGUCCGCCUCUCCGACCAAAAACCCAAUUCCAACGUGCUUUGACCGAAAUCGAUCCCCCUUUCUCUCGCUCGCUUCCUCCUCCGACUUCUUCGUCGACCUGCAUUAACCCUCGCUCCCAUCUCUUCUCGAUCGGGCGCUCUUCGUUCUCGGCCUUGAAUCUGGAAGAAGCGCCCGGCGGAGGGAGGAACGCAGAGCGACGCGAUGGCGAAGCUCUACGCGCAGACGGCGCCGCCGAUGGAUAUGAACAAGAACACCGAGUGGUUCCUGUACCCCGGUGUCUGGACCAUCUACGUGCUCAUCCUCCUCUUGUCCUGGCUACUCGUGUUCUCCGUCUUCGGCUGCACCCCCGGGAUGGCCUGGACCCUCGUCAAUCUCUUCCACUUCGCGGUUACAUAUUACUUCUUCCAUUGGAAAAAGGGCACUCCCUUUGCUGAAGAUCAGGGUAUCUACAAUAACUUGACCUGGUGGGAGCAGAUGGAAAAUGGAAAGCAACUUACACGUAACAGGAAAUUUUUGACCGUUGUACCUGUCGUCCUGUACUUGAUAGCCUCGCACACAACCGAUUACCAACAUCCGAUGCUGUUCUUGAACACGAUUGCAGUGGCCAUUUUGGAGGUUGCCAAAUUCCCAAACAUGCACAAGGUCCGGAUUUUUGGAAUCAACGGAUGAGUAGUGCUUCUCGUGAAAGAUAAGCAAACUAUGACUAUGUUUUUGUGCGCCCACGUAAGUUUUUGUUUCUAUUAUCUGAUAAUUGAGAGAACUUCGUAGAGCAUUAAUGCAAUUUCAUUCUAAUGUUGCGCUAAUAUUUAUAGACAUUAUAACAAUCGCGAUAGGGACAUAGGUGAUAAAUACCAUUACUUCAUGGUUCGUUAGUAAUGGUAAAAAUAAUGUGAUUUCUUGUAUUA